UCUCUCUCUCUCUUCUCCAACAAAGAGAUUCCAAGAAAGAAAAAAUACAGAGAGACAAGAAUGACGAUGAAGAAAGUGUUGAUGAUCUCUUUCUCUCUUACUUCCCUCCUCUUCUCUCUUCUCUACAUCAUCCCCACAACCAAAACUCUAUUCACUUCCUCAAAAAUCCCUACUUUACCCCUCGAUUCCAACCAAAACCACAGCUCUACCCUCCCCUGUUUCGCCUACCUAAUCUCCGCCUCCAAAGGCGACGCCGGCAAACUCAAACGCCUCCUCCGAUCUCUCUACCACCGAAGGAACCACUAUUUGAUCCAUCUAGACCUGGAGGCCCCCGAGGAGGAGCAUUUGGAGAUGGCAAGGUUCGUAGCCGGGGAGCCUCUGUUUCAGCCGGAGGGCAAUGUCAUGAUCGUCGGGAAACCGAAUCUGGUGACUUACAGAGGACCGACGAUGCUGGCGACGACGCUUCACGCGAUGGCUCUGCUCUUGAGAUGUUGUCGGUGGGAUUGGUUCAUCAAUCUCAGUGCUUCUGAUUACCCUCUCGUCACACAAGACGAUCUGAUCUAUGCAUUUUCUGAGUUGCCUAGAGAUCUCAACUUCAUACAGCACUCAAGCCGGUUGGGAUGGAAAAUGAACAAAAGAGGGAAACCAAUAAUAAUAGAUCCAGGGCUUUACAGCCUCAACAAGUCAGAGAUUUGGUGGGUUAGCAAUCAGAGAACCCUCCCUACUUCUUUCAAGCUCUUCACAGGUUCUGCUUGGACAUUCCUGUCAAGACCGUUCUCAGAGUAUUGCAUAAUAGGGUAUGACAACUUACCAAGAACACUCCUUCUCUACUACACAAACUUCGUUUCAUCCCCGGAAGGCUAUUUUCAGACACUUAUAUGCAACUCGGAUGAGUUCAAGAACACGACUGUGAACCACGACCUCCACUACAUCGCGUGGGACAACCCGCCAAAGCAGCACCCUAAGAUUCUAGGGAUGAGGGAUUACAGAAAGAUGGUCACGAGCAACCGACCGUUCGCAAGGAAGUUCAAGAGCAAUGAUCCCGUUCUCAAUAGGAUAGACCGAGAGAUUCUGAGAAGGAAACGAAAACGUGGGUUCAAACCAGAUACUGGUCCUGGUCCGGGGGCUAGAAGGUUGAAGAGUUUGCUAUUGAGGCUUUUGUUGAGAAAAAACUUUGUCAAUAGACAAUGUAGAUAGGAAGAGUGAGUUACACAACUCUAUAUAAAGAUACUUAUGAUCAUAUUCUUUCUUAAUU